AUGUCAGCGAUCCACGGCGGACCACCCGCCGGCGACAGGGUGGGAGCCCUGUCUCGGGCGGGUGGUUUGGCGCCACGAUGUCCCGAGCCCUCCGUACCCCGCCCCACUUAUCGCCCCUCGCUCUGUAAUACCCAGGCGUCUGCCCGCUCAGACGCGCGCCGCGUCCGCAGCGGAAUGGACAGAUUGCUAAUAGAGGCGGUGCACCGAAGGGAGCCGAUAUGGAACCCUGCGAGCCAUCUCCACAAGAACUCGAACAUCCUGAAAAGAAUGUGGCAGGAGGUGGGCGCGGAGUUGCACAAAGACGCGAUAACGGCGAAGACCAGAUGGAAGAACCUGCGCUCGUACUACUUGAAGGAGUGCCAGAAGGUGAACAACAGGAGCGCGAAAGGCGGCGAUCCGACGAGCACUUGGCAGUACUACGACCAGUUGCACUUCCUAAGGGGAACGUUAGACGGACAGAAGCAGAACGGCACGCAAGAGGAAUACGAGGGCGACGAGAUAUUCAUAACCAAUCUGGACGGACCGAUGUCGUACCCAGAGUCGCCAGGGCAGUCCUCAACGGAGGCAUCCAACAGCACCCCCACUAGAAAGAGGAAGAUCAAGCUUUUAACGUCAUCCAACGAUAACAUAGACAGCUAUACGCUGUUGGAACUCGAAAGGAGGAAGCUAAGCAUACUGGAGAGCGAAAUGGUGCGGAGUUCGAAUGACGAUCUGCUGUUUUUUGAGAGCCUCCUGCCGUAUUUAAAGGAUAUGCCUCUAGAGCGGAAGCUGCGUCUCAGAUCAAAGAUACAGGAUUUGAUUUGCAGCGAGUUAAACGUUCAAGAGGAGGUAACGGUCAAGAGUGAAAAUUUUAGUUAU